UCCUGGCCGGGGGUUCAAAUUUUGCGGCAGCAGAUCCGCCACCAAAAUCGUUAUAUAAAAUGACACACCUACGGGCGCUCUGGUUUAGUUUGAUAGCGGAGUCGAUCUUCGCAGUAUCUGUUGGAGGUUUCGCUGGAAUUCGCUGUGCUUUCUCGUUUGUCUCGUCGCGUGUGCACUCGUAGCUGACUAGGGAUCUGUUGCUGUGGAGAAGAUUAGAGCAGAGGGUGGAAGUGUGAUUCGAUAACUGGUCCUGCAUUGCGUUGUUCCUGUCUUUCUGUUCGGAAGAGAACCGAAUAAAACGAGCACAAAAUGAGAAUUCUACCGGUGAUUUGUUUUUGUGGAAUCGUCGGGUUGACGUGGGCCGCGAAGCUGAAAGUGCCUUCCAAAAACCGCAACGAGGAUCUGUUCAAGGACGAUGAGUUCACCUUCCCCGUGGAGGACAACAAGGACCCAACCAUCUAUACUGGGAACAUAAUGAAGGCGGGAAUUCUGAUGGCCACCAUUAAGAAUAAGGGCAAGGGUCAGUUCAAAUAUGCAGUUGAGACUGAAAACGGAAUUGAGGUGGAGCAGAUCGGUAAAUUGCGUAGCGAUAACAAAACUUUCGUGGUCAUGGGAUCGUACACAUACACGGGAGCCAACGGAAAGCGAUACCGCGUGCGGUAUACCGCCGACGAGUUCGGAUACCAUCCGAUCACGGAGCUUGAUCUGGAUCUUCCUGAGAUCCAACCAAUCCAGCCAGUAACGCGGCCUCCAACACUGCGUCCUUUCACCACCAGGACAACGACGACGCCCCCACCGGUCACCGAGGACACUGGCUACCACUACGAGCCUCCAUCGAAUGCGUACCUUCCAUCGGUCAACGCGUAUCUACCACCCACGAAUGCCUAUCUGCCACCCACCAAUGGUUACUUGCCUCCGAGUGGCGUUAAUGAGCCCUCGAGUGAGCAGCUGCCACCACUUUUCAACCCGCUGGUGCGGGGAUAGUGAGAGGCUUAACGACGCAGAUACCGUCGCUACCGACACGAAUUUCGCUUCGAUCAGUUCGCUGGGGGUGGUGCGAACGGGAGACAGUAUUUUAGGUUGUAUAUUUAACUAUCCUACCGCAAUCAACCGUGUACAUAUUACAUUAUAGUGAUAUCAUAAGUAAUUUAUAAUAAAAAAAAGACGGGUGGGUAAUGUCGGUGACAUAACCGGAGUGACGUAGGACUAUACAAAGGGGACAGCUUUUGCUAAAUAUAUAUUUUAAA